GUUACUAUGGCGAAUACGAUGGUAGUGUCCCAACCUGUCGCUAUGCAGUCAACUGUUUUGUCCAAUCAGUGGAGCACGGGCAUCUUCGACUGCUUGGACGACCUGCCUUCAUGCUGCUUCAGCUACUGGUGUUUCUGGUGUGCUGCAUGCCAGACGUCUCGGGACUACGGCGAGGCCCUGUGCCUGCCUCUGGUGGACCUCUUUGGCCUCGGGGGCUGCGUUCCCGCCAUCGCCAUGGCAAUGAGGGCUGACAUGCGCCAUCGCUACGGCAUCCAGGGGAGUCUGAUGGAGGACUUUGGGUACGCCUACAUCCUGCCCGCGUGUGUGUACUGCCAGAUGUACCGCGAGGUGAAGGCCCGGCAGGCUCAAGUUCAACCUGUCAUCCUCAUCGUCCCCAAUAACCCACCUCCUCCUGCUGCACCUGCUCUUCAGGCCUCUGCACCUCCUCCUCCCGCCACACCACCUCCGCAAUACCCAAACUAUGAAGCCUUCCCACCCUCUUUACCAUGAUCAAGAUCCUCAUCAUCAUCAUCAUC